AUGGCAUUUUGUCGAAAUUCAUUUGCGAUUCGAAAAACAAAACCUCGUAAAGCUGUUUCACGUUCACCACUUAAAUUACCUGCUGAUGAACUUGCACGUGAACUUGGACCACAAUAUCAAACAAUUGAUGUUCGUGUUGGUAAUCAAAAACUGGCAUAUGAUAUUUCCCAAGGCGAUUGGAUGGCUGAUGGAAUAGUUAGUACAGUGGUUAGUGCUCGUGAAAUUGGAAAAUUAGAAAAGAAAAAACGAGAAUUAGAAGAUGAUAAUAAUGUUCUUCGAACAAAAUUGGAUAUUCUACUUGAAAUGCUUGCUGAAGUUACUGCUGAACAUGAACUUCGGAAGAGUUGA